UUGUUCUUUGAGAUUAUCUCAUGAAAAUGAGCAGCACUGAAGCUCUCAAGGGUGCAACCAAGCCCCUGCUGCCUUACUCGGUGGAAGAAAUUCUGCGGAAACCUUGUCAUGAAGCUUGGGACUGGACCAGGAAAAGUGGGUGCCGCAAUGAGGUAAUGGCCCAUCUACAACAAAAGGAGCUGUGUUCCUGCAGCUCACCAGAUCACCACUGCAAAUCAGCCCAGGAGCGACUAAGGGAAGCUUUAAAAACUACAACGAAGCCAUCACCACCACCCCCUGGCAAUCCUGGAAUGAAUCUUCAAAGGAGAAGCUUCAGUACUUUGCAAAACCAAGAUGAGGAAAACAUAAGUGACGACCAAGACUGUCAGGAAGGGUUGAAGGAAUAUAACUUGACAGAGACCUCCUUAAGUGAUGACAGGAAAUCCAAGAGAAGAAUGCGAACAACAUUUACAGCUGAGCAGUUGUAUGAGCUGGAGAAGAUCUUCCACAUCACUCACUACCCAGACAUAAACACACGGGAUCAGCUUGCAGCAAAAAUUGGCCUCCAUGAGACGAGAGUUCAGAUUUGGUUCCAAAAUCGUCGUGCAAAAUGGAGAAAAUAUGAAAAGCUGGGAAAUUUUGGUGGUUUGCAACAUCUGACUGAAGUGGAUGUGGUCCCUGCUCCCAAAUCGGAAUUGAUGGCUUCAAGUAUCACAGCAAAGAAGCCACUGAGAGUGAGCAUGUUUCACUUCCUUUAUUCCACAGGAGGUUAG